UUUACACCCUAAUUUUUUGUUCAUUUAUUUGAAAAGUCUUCUCUUUUUCCUAUCAUCGUCCGCCUACAAUCGUCCCGCUUCUCUCUGUCGUCUCUGCAAAUCACUUUUUUUUCUUCUUCUCUUCUUAUCUCAGUUCUCACCCAACUCCGUGACCGCUGGUUUUUGCCGGAUCUGACCCGUAUCCCGUGCCGGAUCGUGUCGACACGGCACUGCACCCCAAAUUGCCGAGUCCUGGUAACGAAGAAUGUUGUUUGCAUGGGGUUGGUUGAAAAUUAUGAACUCUAUGAGAUUUUGGGGCUGCACAUUUUUGGGAGAAAUAUGCAACAUGAACUUAUUCUCAUUGAUGAUCUCCUGUUUGCGUUGGUUGGAAUUGAAGGACGAUACAUUUCAAUCAAAAGAGUGCAUGGAAAGGCUGAUGUUGUCAGUUUCCAGGUUGAUGCAUCUAUGGAUUUAGCACUUCAGGAAUUCGCAAAACGGAUAUUUCCUUUGUGUGAGAGCUAUCUCCUGAUUGAUGAGUUUGUAGAGUCCAGAUCUCAGUUCAAGCAUGGGCUUGUCAAUCAUGCCUUUGCUGCUGCACUGAGGGCAUUCCUUUUGGAUUAUCAGGCCAUGGUUGCACAACUUGAACACCAAUUUCGACUUAGAAGACUUUCUAUUCAAGGAUUGUGGUUUUAUUGUCAGCCCAUGAUGGGCUCCAUGCAAGCAUUGUCCACUGUGAUAAGGAAGGUUUCAGCUAAUAAUUAUGCAGGUUCUGCUGUGCUUAAUUUGUUGCAGAGCCAGGCUAAGGCUAUGGCUGGUGAUAGUGCAGUGAAGUCAUUGCUUGAGAAAAUGACUCAUUCUGCUAGCAAUGCAUACCUUAGCAUAUUGGAAAGGUGGAUCUAUGAAGGAGUAAUUGAUGAUCCAUAUGGUGAAUUUUUUAUUGCUGAGAACAAGUCUCUUCAAAAGGAGAGCCUUACUCAAGAUUAUGAUGCUAAGUAUUGGAGGCAACGUUAUAGUCUCAAGAAGGACAUUCCUAGCUUCCUUGCAAAUAUUGCUGGUACAAUAUUGACUACUGGGAAAUAUCUGAAUGUCAUGAGAGAAUGUGGGUACAAUGUUCAGGUCCCUGUGUCUGAAAAUUCUAAAUUAAUGACUUUUGGAUCAAACCAUCAAUACCUUGAGUGUGUAAAAGCUGCUUAUGAAUUUGCCAGUGGUGAGCUCUUAAGUCUCAUUAAGGAAAAGUAUGAUUUAAUAGGAAAGUUGCGGUCUAUAAAGCACUAUCUUCUACUUGACCAGGGUGAUUUCUUGGUUCAUUUUAUGGAUAUAGCUCGAGAGGAGCUCUUGAAAAAGCAUGAUGAGAUAUCUGUAGAGAAACUGCAGUCUCUGCUGGAUCUAGCUUUGCGUACCACGGCUGCUGCAGCAGAUCCUUGUCAUGAGGACUUAACAUGUUGUGUGGAGAGGUCUUCGGUUCUCAAAGGAUUGAGCAGACUGAAGGAUCUUGACAUCAAGAAUGUUUCUCAUGGUAAUGAUCUAGAGGAGCCAAUAAGCAUUACUGGUCUUGAGACAUUUUCCUUGAGCUAUAAGAUUCAGUGGCCACUGUCAAUUGUUAUAACAAGAAAAGCUUUAACAAAAUAUCAGUUGAUUUUCCGCUUCCUUUUUCAUUGUAAGCAUGUGGAACGCCAGCUCUGUGGGGCUUGGCAAAUGCAUCAAGGAGUUCGUGCUCUUAAUUCUCAUGGAACUGCCAUCUCUAGAUCAUCUCUCCUCUGUCGUAGCAUGCUGAGAUUUAUUAACAGUCUUCUGCAUUAUCUAACAUUUGAGGUUCUUGAACCCAAUUGGCAUGUGAUGCAUGGUAGACUCCAGACUGCAAAAAGCAUUGACGAGGUCAUCCAGCAUCAUGAUUUUUUCCUUGAUAAGUGUCUGAAAGAAUGCUUACUUCUUUUGCCUGAACUGAUAAAGAAAGUGGAGAAGUUGAAAUCAUUGUGCCUACAAUAUGCAGCAGCAACACAAUGGUUAAUCUCGUUGUCUAUUGACAUUCCCAAGUUAGAUGAGCAGUCUGAUGGUUCGGUUGGCUCAGGAAAAUUGAAAUCAAAGAAUCCAUCUCAAGUGCAGAAAGUCAUGACUAGAAACUCAGCCGUUACUGAUUCCAUUCUUAAAUUUGAGAGAGAAUUCAAUGCUGAGCUUCAGAGCCUGAGACCAAUUUUGAGCAGCAGCUCCCAAGCAGAACCAUAUUUGACACAUCUUGCACAGUGGAUACUUGGUGCUGGAAAUGAUCAGUAAGUUCAAAUAUUGUGUUACAUGUGCUUUAGGUAGGGAUUAUUGUUUGUGUUGUGUUUUGUCUGUAUCUUUGUUUCUUCUUUAUACUGCAUUUUUUAGGUCUCUAAUUUCACAAAACAAUUGCUUGCUAUAUAUUUAGUAAAACUGUGAUGUGGUUGAAAAUUUGGGUUACAUCUUCUAUUAGAUUUUUAUUCGGGUAA